CGGUCUACCCCUUGUUCUCCAGCCUCUUUCUUCGCACUUCAGUCACUCACACCCGAGUCUCACACACUCCUCCCGCGACGCGCUGCCCGUGUUCAGCUUUCACACUUCCACGCGCGUUUCACUGAGCGCCGCGGGAAACAAUGGGAACGGAGCCGCUUUGUGUCGGACAGAGACUGACGCGCUUCUCUGUGUUUGUUUAGGACUUUCUGCUGAUAGACUCAUAGCUAUAUUCAGGACCCCAUUAUCUCGCUUUAACACAAUGGGCUGCUGCAGCGGACGGUGCACCCUCAUAUUUCUCUGCACGUUUCAGUUGAUGGUGGCAUUAGAGAGGCAGGUGUUUGAUUUCUUGGGCUAUCAGUGGGCUCCUAUCCUUGCUAACUUCUUCCACAUCCUGGUUGUCAUCCUGGGCCUGUUUGGCACCAUUCAGUACAGACCUCGCUACAUAGUGGUGUAUACAGUGUGGACAGCAUUGUGGGUGGCCUGGAACGUCUUUAUCAUCUGCUUCUACCUGGAGGUUGGAGGUCUGUCAAAGGACAGCGACCUCUUGACCUUUAACAUCUCGGCACACCACUCCUGGUGGAGCGAGCACGGGCCGGGAUGUGUCCGAAGAGAGAUCCCCGCCAGCGGAGAGCGCGGUGCGGAUACACAGUCCUAUAUAUCCAUCAUGGGCUGCCUGCUGGAGUACCAGUACAUAGAAGUCCUCCACAGCGGCUGCCAAAUCCUUAUCUCUCUGCUGGGUUUCAUCUACGCCUGCUACGUCAUCAGUGUCAUCACAGAGGAGGAGGACAGCUUUGAUUUUAUUGGUGGAUUUGACCCAUUCCCACUCUACCAUGUCAAUGAGAAACCAUCUCAUCUUCUGUUAAAGCCCGUGCAUCAGUCUUCGUAAAUGAAAGCGUGUCCUGAAGAGGAGUCGUUCUGCCCAUCCCUCCUCUCUGCCUCUCCUCUGUUUAAAACGCUUGCCUAAUUCAUCCUAAAUCAGCCCCUUCUAGUUUGGAAGAAGUGUUGAAGAUUCCCAGCUCUGGACAAAACACAGUCGCUCCAUCAGAUGCUCUGGAACAUUGUUCCAGCCGCCUCAUUUAGACGUUCUUACAAGUGGCUGUAAUGCAUAUCUAAACAAAAAGGUCCUGUAUUUUGACCGGUGUUGCGUGUGGUCCGUGCAUUGAGUUAUUUGGAGGGAGUUCAGAUGUUCACAGAGUUCCAGCUCUGUUUGUGUAUGUGAGGAGGGCCAUUGUGUGCCGUUUACCUUCACACGGGAUUUGCACAGUAAAACAGAGGAGGGAGCCGAGAGGAGGACAGAGGGUGCGGCCGGAAAAAUUAAGACAAAGCGGGCUAAACUCCUGUGGUAGUCAAAAAUAGAAGCAAAGGAAGCAUAAAUAUAAAUACACGAAAGAAUUAGAGCUGUUCUGAAAAUUGUUUUAUGUCAUAGUGUGAUGUAUGAUUCUCAUGGUUCACUGUCAGAUUCACUUGUAGUUUUUUGUUCUAGUCUUAUUCAGUGAUCCCAAAAUCAAAUGUAUUUAGACACUCAAAUCACACUAAACAAUGUAUGAAUGUCAUGACAUUAGAUCAAAUAUAGGUUAGUGGGGGUUCAGAGGGGACUGUAAAGAACACUAGGGUUCUUGACUCAAUAUUAAAGAACGCUUUAUGCCAGAAAGGUUUUAUAACACUCUUAAAAAGUGUUCCCCCCCACCCAAGGAAACGCAAUUUCGCCUCAGUAACGUGGGUUAUGUAAUCAGAUUACUUUUUCAAGUAACUAGUAAAGUAACACAUUACUUCUAAUUUACUUUUUCAAAUAAGUAACACAAGGGAACGCAGUUUCGCCUCAGUAACGUGGGUUAUGUAAUCAGAUUACUUUUUCAAGUAACUUGUAAAGUAACACAUUACUUCUGAUUUACUUUUUCAAAUAAAUUACGCAAGGGAACGCGGUUUCGCCUUUAACUUGGAUUACAUAAUCAGAAUACUUUUUCAAGUAACUAGUAAAGUAACACAUUACUUCUGAUUUACUUUUUCAGAUAAUUAAUGCAAGGGAACGUGGUUUUGCCUCAGUAACGCGAGUUACGUAACUGGAUUACUUUUUUCAGGUAUCUAGUAAAGUAACACAUUACUUCUGAUUUACUUUUUCAAAUAAGUUAAGCAAAGGAACGCGGUUUCGCCUCUAACAUGGAUUACAUAAUCAGAUUACUUUCUCAAGUAACUAGUAAAGUAACACAUUACUUCUGAUUUACUUUUUCAAAUAAGUAAUGCAAGGGAACGUGGUUUUGCCUCAGUAACGUGGGUUAUGUAAUCAGAUUACUUUUUCAAGUAACUAGUAAAGUAACAUUACUUCCGAUUUACUUUUUCAAAUAAGUAAUGCAAGGGAACGUGGUUUUGCCUCUAACAUGGAUUACAUAAUCAGAUUACUUUUUCAAGUAACUAGUAAAGUAACACAUUACUUCUGAUUUACUUUUUCAAAUAAAUUACGCAAGGGAACGCGGUUUCGCCUUUAACUUGGAUUACAUAAUCAGAAUACUUUUUCAAGUAACUAGUAAAGUAACACAUUACUUCUGAUUUACUUUUUCAAAUAAGUUAUGCAAGGGAACGCAGUUUCGCCUCAGUAACGUGAGUUAUGUAAUCAGAUUACUUUUUCAAGUAACUAGUAAAGUAACACAUUACUUCCGAUUUACUUUUUCAAAUAAUUAAUGCAAGGGAACGUGGUUUUGCCUCAGUAACACGGAUUACAUAAUCGGAUUACUUUUUUCAAGUAACUGGUGAAGUAAUACUAUUUCUGAGUUACUUUUUCAAAUAAGUAAUGCAAGUUACUUUGUUUUCACAUUUAUUGACUGACUCUCCUGUCCCCUUGUUGACAGAAAUCAGGAGCAAGUGUAUUCCUCAAAAUGAAUAAAAACAGUGAAAUGCAAACGCAGAAUAUUGCGCAAACCUGCAAUAAUUAAAUGUUAAAUAACACAAAUAUACUCAAUGUAUAUUUAUGAAUCUCACUGUAUUACCCAGUCUUUGCUGCUGACCUUCAAUGAUCCAUAUUCAACCACACUAAUAGGCAAAAACUUUUGGUGUGAAAGGACCUUUGCCAAAAAUAGAACUUUUUUUUGUCAUUUAAAAAACAAACAAGCCAGCCCAGCCCAGGAGAAAAAGUAAUGCAAAAGUAACGUAAAUAUUACACAAAAAGUAAGUAAUGCAAUUAGUUACUUUAUUAGAGAGAAAUGCAAUAUUGUAAUGCAUUACUUGUAAAUGUAACUUCCCUGUGAAAAGCACCUUCUGGAACCUUUAUUUUUUAAGAGUGUAUAAGGAGAAAUGUCUUAAAUUACUUCAUAAUACUUUCAUUUUUGGGAUAUUUAAUUUUUUUCCUAGUGAUAUAUGUUUUAGCUGUUUAAUUCAUAACAAGCAGUUUAAUUCAUUCAGAAUUUAAUUGAAAUAAAAAAAAUGAUUUAAAGUUAAUUCAAACCAAAUCCAUAAAAUGAUUCCAUGAUAAGAACCCCUAAAGAAUCCUUUCUAUAGUUUCUAUAGUAGUUUCUAUAUAGAACCUGUUCUUCUAAGUGUAACUGAAAAUCACCUUGCUGAAGUGGUUCAUUUGUUUGCAGAUGCUUCUUGGUUUAAUAUUUUGUAUCUAAUGGAAUGAAAUUUGUGCAUUUUAAGUGUGACUUAGGCAUUCAAACAUUUUGGGGUCACUGUACAUGCCCGUCAGUAUUUUUAAUGUUAAUAAUCAUCAUUUAUUGCACAAUGUAUUUGUAUAAUCAGCCUUUAGGUCUAACAGACUAGUUUGGGCAUCCUCCGGUCGUCAGUACAAUAUACUACAUAACCUCAUGCUAUUGUUUUUCAUUAUUAUUAUAGGACUGGCUGAUAUUAUGAAACAGAUAGUGGCUCUUUCAUUUGAAUGGUGCUUGUAAUCAAAUAUCAGUUGUUUGUGAACAAAUCGUCAGCAUGUCUUUAUAUGAAUAUGACAACGGUUGAGUGGCUGUCAAUGUCUUUCACUGUAGAUGCAGAGCUACUGUAACUGUCUACUGGAAACAUAAACCUCAAAGCACAACUGACCGAUCUGACAUGCAACGUUACAUGUAUCAUAGUGUGUAUGACACGUUUUGAAGAGAGGGGCUGUGUAUUUCUUUCCAAAAUGAGAUGUGAAGGGCAAAGGUCAGUAUGAACAAGAUUUUCUAACUUUCAUAAUUACAUUGUUGAGUUGCUUGUAAUCCCAGAUGUUUCAUAUCACGAGAUUUGUGUACUGUAUUGACAACAUUAUGGGUUCUUUUGGCCUGAUGGUAAAGGAACUGGGCACAUGUUGCUCUUUAAGGAGUAGUUCACCAUUGCUCUUACCUGUAUGUCUUUAUUUUUCUCCUGGAGUGCAAAAGGAGAACUUUUGAAGAAUGCUCACGUUGCUCUUUUUCAUAUGAUUAAUAAGUUCCCCUAUUGGAACCUGUAUUUUUAGGCAUAGACUUGUGCUCUAUGUUCCAAGUUAUCUGAAGUCAUACGACAGCUUUGUGCUUUUGUCGUAUUGGAAAAGAGCAGCGUGAACAUUCUGCAGAAUAUCUCGUUUUGUGUUAAAUCAAAGUUUUGAAACAAAAUGAGGCUGAGUAAAUGAUGACAGUUUUAAUUUUAAGGUGAACUACUCCUUUAAACAUUGCAAGAGUUUAGGGGAAGUUUUUUUUUUUUUUGCAAUUAUUUGAUGAAUUUAUGUAACACUUUCAGCUUAAUAAUUUCGGCUUGCUGUAAUCUUGCACAAUGUUCUGUUAGAUCAUCAUAUUCCAUGGAUCUAUCCUGCCCCCUAGUGUUUCAUGUCCUUCUGCACAUGGCAUCUCAACUCUUAAGAACAGGAAAAUUGCAUUUUAUACCACUCUCUGAAAAUAUCCAUGUACAUUUGUAAUUGUAGAUUUUAGGAUAUUGAAUAUAAGCCAGCAAUGAUAGUCUGCGGCAUAAGUGUUAUAAUGAGAAAAGGAAUGAUAUAGAUUUAUCACACCUUUUCCCCUCAUCUUCAUUGCUCUCUCUUUUAACAGGUGUUUUUAAGUGCUUUUUGUAACUGUUUCCUGUGUUUGGUCUCCAUAGUCCUACAUUGACUGCCUGUCCAUCAACACGUGUUUGCUGACCACAGUGUAAAUAGAUGUUUGUUAAUAAAAGUCUGCUUUUCAUCUACUGA